AUGCAUGGGCCUCCCGGAUUUCCUCGUCCCCACCACACUUCGGACCAGACACCGACAUCAUUCGCAAUGGCGGCAUCCAGGCGAGCACAGAUACAAUCGCUUUGCGGUGCACGAAGCGGUCCGUUGAUCGAUCGGGCCGAGUCCUAUCUCGCCGCGGUGGAUGUUUGGUCUCGCAGAGGCAAUCAGAAGGCGGUCAAGAAUGCAGGUACCGGUGUGGUGGCUGUAUGCUGCUACUUGGCAGCAGAGAGCUUGGACGCUCGAGUUCCGGAUAGAGGCUCAGCUAUUCGUGCCAGUGGCUUGCCACCUGCGCAAUUCGCUUCGGCUGAACGCGACUUUCGAUCGGCCGUACAGUCGGUUUCCAGCACAUCCUCGCACACCUUGUCGGGACCCUCCGACACGCUCAACAGCGCAUUUGCAGCAAGCCUUGCGGCGGCACCGACGAAACGAGCUGUUCAAUCCUCUCCAGCCAAAGCGACUGCUUCGGGGAGCAAGGACAAAGAUGCCCUGUUGGCCAAGGCGCAGGCCAUCCAGGCCGGAAGUUUGUUCGAUCAAGCCAUGCGGGCUGGCCCAGAUGACACUUCUUUGGCAGCCAGCAGAAGCAGGACCCAACAACACGAUGCAGGCUCAGCCGCUCCACCGUCGAGCAGCAACGUGUCUGUAUCGGCAAACCGAGCGAACGCAGACAUCAAUGCAGCCGCGAAUGGCGAUGCAUCCACGGAGCUGCAGCCUCGUCGACCGAAACGUAGGAGGAUGUCAAAAGUGGUGUUCGGUCUGGCCAUCCGUUCGAGCCUCAACCGACUGGAUGAUCAGCAGGAAGCCGAUGAUCAACGACUUCGUCGAAACAGGAUCAACCACAUACAAUCCACCAUCGAGAGGCUGCGCAUCUCGGAUCCCACCUGGCGUUACCUCGACGCACCUAGAGACUUUCUGGUCACCGUUUCGCAGUCGCAUGACGGUACAGACCAACAUUGA